CGCGCCAACCUGACGCGACGCUGGGAAUCCUGGCAAACUUGGCCGCGCGAACGUUUACCGCGAAGUUUGCAAUAGAAACUUGUGUCGUGGCGUGAGUGUCGAGAGAGUGGGGAAUCCUGGCCGUCAAGGGGAAGCGCACGGGCCUCGGCACUAUAAUGUGGCUGAAGAUCCUGCGCCAGAACAUAUCGCACUUUGCCCGACGAGCCAAAGGCUCCGCAUCGAUCGAGCAGAAAAACGAAAAUGGCGGCGGCAAGGGCAACAAGACAAACAAUAACGGGGCCGAGGUCAAUCGGAACGAGGAGCAGAAUGGAUCGCUCGACAAGUCGCAGGCUAAGAAGAAGCCAACCGCACCUGGUGGAGGGCCUCUCUUGCAACAGACAGAGAUAUCAACCAGUCAAUUGGACUUCUUCAGAAUGCUCGACGAGAAAAUCGAAAACGGUCCAGACUACGACGAGAGCGCGGACGCUCUUUUACGGGCCGAGCAUGCGUCCAGUCUCCUACGUCGCUGGGAACUCGCCAGCGUCUCCUGGUCGAACGUCAGCGACAUCGGCGGUAACGGGCAGCAGCAGCAGCAGCAACAACAACAACAGCAGCAACAACAACAACAACAACAGAUUCAGCAACAACAACAGUACGUGCGUCACGCUGGCGGUAGGUCGACGGUGUUGGCGCAGAGCCAACGCGCCCUUGGGCCGAGCAGCAAGGAUCGCGAGGGUAUGCGCAACAUCGUCGGCGGCCGCCCAGAGAGUGCCCCCGUCUAUGUCCAGCGCAUUAACAGCGCCAAGCGCGUGGACGGCCUUCAGGACGUCGUCGGCCACCACCACCUCCAGCAGCAGCAUCAGCACCAACAGCAGCACCAGCAGUGCCCCUCGCCAGCGAUGUCGCGGCAUGUCCUCGAGUCCAUCAGUCAGAGUCCGACCCAAAGUCUGAAGGCCUCCCCCGGGCUCUCGUCCCCGACGAGCCUCGGCCGUUAUUCCCAUUACCAGCAUCCGGACUUCCAGACGCAGCAAAGCGCGAAGACGAGCAGGGCUCAGCUCGCGGCGCAAUCCGGCCAACUGAACGGCGAGUACCUGCUGAGCCAGCCGCAGAGCCUCUACGCGGAGAGAGACUUUACGCGGCAGCAGCAGCAGCAGCAGCAGCAGCAGCAGCAGCAGCAGUACGACGGCUCACCCGGGCUCAACUCCAUGUUGAGGAACUCACCGAGCAACCCUUACGUGCAGCAGUUCCAGAUAACGGGCAGCUCCCCGUCCCAGUCGCCUGGACAGCAGUUCGCCGGGUCGUCCAGGAGGCGUGGUGCCGGCGCCGGCAGCGGUAGCUUCAACCCCACCCAGAUGACGUGACCAGUUCAGUAGCAACCGGCCAGACGCGACGGUUACUGAACCACGCAAUAAGACUGAUUGUUGACCACGAGAGCUCCCGAGGCGUUGACGCCCCCCCCCCUCUCGGCCCUCACCGCAUCCCACC